AAUAGGAAUUAGGUUCCAAGGUUGUGAUACACAUUUCUGCCCCUCAUAAAAAAAAGUGUCUUAUCUUUUCCACAUUCCCCCUUUAUUUUGUCGCACUCUCCCAGGUACACGCCCUUUGCCUUGUCAGGAAAAAAAGUUGAAGAAAAAACUAAAUCACGGAAGAGAUUAUGCAGCGCUAGUUUGGCAAGUUUCUUUUGCGGUCUCAAAGCAGCGGAGAUAGACGGAAAACAAACACAAAGUUGGGCACAUUUGAUCUGUUCGCUUGUCCUAUAGGAAGUAUAUGAGAGAGACAGCAGUCAUGGAGUCAGCCAUUCAGACGGUAGUGGGUGUCUUCCUGAAAUCAGCCAAAGGGAAGGAGAGUUUGGGAGGGAAUGACUUCCAGAAGCUGGUGAAGAGCCAGCUCCACAACAUCAUGAUGGACACUGACAGCUCCGAGGCGGUGAAGAAAAUGCAACAGGGCCUGGACGCUAACCAGGACGGUAAAGUCAACUUCGAGGAGUACAUGAAGCUGGUGGGCUACCUAGCAACCUCCCUGAGCGUGCAAUGCACCGCUGCCGUGGACACGCCAGCUGAGAGUGCGGCCGCCACAACAGAGACCAAGAAUGCACCAGCAGCAACAGAGGUAAAGGAAGAGAAGGCAGAAGCCGAGGCACAGCCAGAGGAGGCACAGGCUGAGCCAGAGACAGCCACAACUGUAGAGGCACCAGCAGAGGCAGUCGUAGAGGCAGAAAAGGUGGAAGAGGUGAAAAAGGUGGAGGAGCCAGCACCAGCAGCAACCGAGGAGGAGAAGACAAAGGAGGCCUCAUAGGAGUUUACCACCGGUCCAGUCCGGACAUUACAAUACACACCAACACCAAACUGAUAGACACCUCACUACCCUAAAACAAACUACAGUACACUAUGCAACCCACCCUUCAAACAGGAGUGCUAAUACCAUAAUAAUAAUAAUAAUACCAUGCAGUACAGUAUAUGUUGCAACACCACAGUAGCACAUACAUGUUGAUACACAUACAUAAACCCAGUAUUUGGUACUAAAAUAAACUACACUACAAUUAUUUACAUUGCAGCGGUACAUGCCAUUAUGUUGAUAUACUUCCCCCUAUAUAGCACACUAUACUUUAUUAUAUGUAUAUAUAAUUCAUUCUGCCAUUCAUUGAUGUGAAAUUUUGACAUCCUCUGAAAUUGACACAUUUACACACCUGUAGAGCUGAUUCAUCUUGAUAUACACUGACACACAUGCAAUACUAAAUGUUUUUAUAUUUGCAUUCCUUCUUUCUCCCUUUGCUCAUCUACAAUGACGCAAUGCAACACUAUACUACAGUACAUUCCACAAUGUACAGUCAAGUCAGGCCAUCUCAAGUUGUACUUGACAUUUGCUACACAUCAAAUUCUCCAGUGUUAAAUUAACACUGACAGUGUUAAAUCAAGUCCAAGUACCAGAUUGGAAUAGUUUAGAAAAAUGUAUGUUAGUUAUAUUUGAGAAGAAUAAGAUUAAUGAAUGUACAUGCAAAUACAUAGAUAUUGAAACAAUUCUAAAAAAUAUGCCUGCAGUAGAGCAUGCUGGGAAAUAUGAUAAUGAUGGGUGUGGUUUUGGUUUAACACUGGUUAUUAACACCAACACUGGGAUUAUUUUACACCAAUGAGUGUUAAUUUAACAAUUACAGAGAGAAUUUAACACAACUUAACAUUAGAAAUGUUACAUUGACCAAUUUGCUUUGCAAGAUUGUCUAAGUGCUCUCUCUCUCUUUUCUUCCCUUGCAACUCUGUCAUUGAUAUUAAGCUCUGACAUGGCAUGACAUGACAAUAAACAAAUUGUGUUGCUAGG